UUGGGACAGGACAGCAUCAGCUCCUAUAUAAAGGAGCGCAGCCCUGGAGACUCUCUUAUCUCACUCAUCCACGCCAAGCUGAGCUAAUUCCCAAGCUAGUGAAGAGUACAAAAUCACACAAUUCGAUCAGGGUUUUGCUAAUUAGUAGCCUCCGAUCUCGUUCCUGCCAAGAAAUUAAGCAAAGCAAUGGCCAAGCAAAAGAUCGUGAUAAAGGUGGAGAUGUCGUGCGACAAGUGCAGGUCGAAGGCGAUGGCGCUGGUGGCGGCGACGGGAGGGGUGGACUCGGUGGCGCUGGCCGGGGACGGCAAGGAUCAGGUGGUGGUGGUCGGCGACGGCGUCGACUCCAUCAAGCUCACCGCCGCGCUGCGCAAGAAGGUCGGCCACGCCACGCUCGUGACCGUCGGCGAGGUCAAGAAGGAGGAGAAGAAGCCGGAGCCCGCCGCCGCCGCCGUCGAGUACCCGUGGAGCUACCACCCGGCCUACACCUACGCGCCGCCGGCGCAGCACGUCUUCUACCAGCAGUAUCCAGCCAGCUCGCCGUGGUGGUGCUAAGUGCUUAACUACUCGUAUUAGAUAAAAUCAAUCAAUCUGGUCCGUUGGAUCGAAAAGAUCAAGAUACGUGGCGUCCAUGUUUCUCGGAUUAAAAGUGUAUAAAGUAGGAUGGUCUGGGUUGUUUAGGACAGAUCGCUGAGAGAUCAGCAUGUCGUCCCCCCCUCCCUCUCAUUUUUGGUGAUUUAAAUUGAUUCAGAGAAGAUUUUGGCUUUGUGCAUCUCAAAUUUUCGUGACUGUCCCGUUGUCCGUUGAUUGGUGAUAAAUUAAGCCUCUAUAUUU